CGGAACCUGAACAGGAAGUGACGUCUCGGGGGCGGUCCUCGGCGGCGGCGCGCGGCCUGGGCUCGCGCUGGGCUCCGCGCGCCCCCCGCCCCCUCUAUGAGGCAGAGGCCGCGGCGGCCGUUAGAGCUGUCGCUCCGGGGGCCGCGGCGGGCGGGGCUCCGGCGGGGCCCGGCCUAGUCCCCACCCAGCCCGGCUCCCAGCCGCCCGCCCUCCCUCCCUUACCCCGAUGCAAGGGGCCGAGCUCCGGGACGGCGAGGCGGCGGCGGCGGCCGCUUCGUACCGGGUCCUGAGCCGCCUUCUCGGCUAUGGAGAGGCGGCCCCCGAGCCAGGCCCGCCGCCGCCGCCCCCGGGCCAUGGCCCGCCGCCGCCACCCUUCCUCGCGCGGCCCGGCUCGCGGGGCGCCCGGCCGCCGCAGCUGAUGGUGUUCCGCAACGUGGGGCGGCCGCCGGAGGAGGAGGACGCGGAGGCGGCCCCGGAGCCGGGACCCUCGGAACUGCUGUGUCCCCGACACCGCUGUGCGCUGGAUCCCAAGGCCCUCCCGCCGGGCUUGGCGCUCGAGCGGACCUGGGGUCCGGUGGCUGGACUAGAGGCGCAGCUGGCGGCACUGGGGCUCGGACAGCCGGCGGGGCCGGGGAUCAAGACUGCGGGCGGAGGCUGCUGUCCGUGCCCGUGCCCCCCGCAGCCGCCGCCGCCGCAACCCCCGCCGCCUGCUGCCGCCCCGCAGGCCGGGGAAGACCCCACGGAGACGAGCGACGCGCUGCUGGUCCUGGAAGGCUUGGAAUCGGAGGCCGAAAGCCUGGAGACUAACAGCUGCUCGGAAGAGGAGCUCAGCAGCCCGGGCCGUGGAGGAGGAGUGGGUGGCCGGCUGCUGCUGCAGCCUCCGGGCCCCGAACUACCCCCGGUGCCCUUUCCGCUGCAGGACUUGGUCCCUCCAGGGCGCCUGAGCCGAGGGGAGCAGCAGCAGCAGCAACCUCCCCCACCGCCGCCGCCUCCCGGGCCCCUUCGGCCGCUCGCAGGCCCUUCUCGAAAGGGCUCCUUCAAAAUCCGCCUCAGCCGCCUGUUUCGCACGAAGAGCUGCAACGGUGGCUCGGGCGGUGGGGAUGGGACCGGCAAGAGGCCUUCGGGAGAUCUGGCAGCUUCAGCUGCGAGCCUGACAGACAUGGGAGGCUCUGCGGUCCGGGAGCUGGAUGCGGGGAGGAAACCCAGGUUGACAAGAACUCAAAGUGCCUUUUCUCCGGUCUCCUUCAGCCCCUUGUUCACAGGUGAGACAGUGUCGCUUGUGGACGUGGACAUAUCUCAGCGGGGCCUGACCUCUCCACACCCUCCAACUCCCCCUCCUCCUCCAAGAAGAAGCCUCAGCCUCCUAGAUGAUAUCAGUGGGACGCUGCCUACAUCUGUCCUUGUGGCUCCGAUGGGGUCUUCCUUGCAGUCUUUCCCCCUACCUCCGCCUCCUCCACCCCACGCCCCAGAUGCAUUUCCCCGAAUUGCUCCCAUCAGAGCAUCAGAAUCCCUGCACAGCCAGCCCCCCCAGCACCUCCAGUGUCCCCUCUACCGGCCAGACUCAAGCAGCUUUGCAGCCAGCCUUCGAGAGCUGGAAAAGUGUGGCUGGUACUGGGGACCGAUGAACUGGGAAGACGCAGAGAUGAAACUGAAAGGGAAGCCAGAUGGCUCUUUCCUGGUCCGAGACAGCUCUGAUCCUCGUUACAUCCUGAGCCUCAGCUUUCGAUCACAGGGUAUCACCCAUCACACUAGAAUGGAGCACUACAGAGGGACUUUCAGCUUAUGGUGCCAUCCCAAGUUUGAGGAUCGCUGUCAGUCGGUGGUGGAGUUCAUUAAGAGAGCCAUCAUGCACUCCAAGAAUGGGAAAUUUCUUUAUUUCUUGAGAUCCAGGGUCCCAGGCUCUUACCUCUCACUUGUGAAACAGGGCCUUGGGAACAGGAACGUGAGAGUGGACUCACCAGAAAGGCAGUGGUGAGUGGGUCUGCAGGCUGGGUGCAGUUGUAGCUUAUUAAGAUAUGCCUGCUGUUGGGUUGGGGAUUUAGCUCAGUGGUAGAGCGCUUGCCUAGGAAGCGCAAGGCCCUGGGUUCGGUCCCCAGCUCCGAAAGAAAAAAAAGAACCAAAAUAAUAAUAAUAAUAAUAAUAAUAAUAAUAAUAAUAAUAAUAAUAAUAAAAUUUUUAAAAAAUAUGCCUGCUGUUGAUUUGUCCAUAGUGCACUGUCAGAGGAGUUGUUUGGUAUGUUGACAUUUCCACUGUGUUAACAAACAAAGACUGCUGUCCAAGUGGGAGCAUUGUCCUGGUCUUGGCUUCACUAGUGUGGUCAUAUAGUCAACCAGCCCACUCAGGAAGGUAUCUGCUUGGUCUCUAUUAGAGGAGGUGAAGAACUUGGUUUUAGCAUUACGUAAGGAAAACUGACAAGCACAUUUAUGUGCGGAAUCUAUAGGAUGCAAACAGAACUUACAGUGAGAUCUUCAUGCUUUCACUUUGAAUCAAAUUAGCUUCCUAAGCAGGGUGCCAAGACAUUGCUCUAAAAUGUAGGAGUUGCUUGGGGGCCUCAGGCAGAACAUCAGGAACAGGAUUGGGCCAGGUGACAGUGAUGUUUGUAUAAUGUUGGUGAUUUAAAUAAGGCACGACAGGGUGUGAACUGUAUUAAUUCUCACUUCAUUUGGUAUUUGCUGCAGUGCUGCCAACACCACUGGGGCUCGUGUGUGUCUUGGUUGAAGGAAAAUGUUAGAAUUCUUUAUACAGUUCACUCUGCUUGCAGUUUUAACAUUUGUGGGUGUGAUGGGUAUUUAACAUUUGUGGAUAUGAUGGGUAUUUAUUUAACAAACAUUUAUUUGUAACUCAGUAUAACAAGUAAGCUAGUUGAUGCCCUGAGGGAACUCAUAGCCUUAAGGAAGGGACGGUAGAAAAAGUGAUUUGCAGGGACAAGGGGAUGAGCUCUGCUUGUUGCUGAUCUCUCAGAAGAUGGCUCAUUUCUCUGGAGCACCUCUGCUUGCUGAGAGACUUCGUGGAGUCUCAGCUCUUUUUAUCCGGCAAAUGUUAUUUUAUCCUCAGAACUUGCAGUUAAGAUUUCUGCUACUGCACACAGAUUAGAGUGUGUAGUAUCAGCUGCUCUUUAAUUCUUUUCUUUUUUUUUUUGGUUCUUUUUUUCGGAGCUGGGGACCGAACCCAGGGCCUUGCGCUUCCUAGGUAAGCGCUCUACCACUGAGCUAAAUCCCCAGCCCCCUGCUCUUUAAUUCUUAUACAGAACUAAGUUAGCUAAUUGAUUAAUUAGUCUACUAAAAUUGUAGAUAAUUGGGAUGGGGCAUUCAGCUUAUUUCCCAGAUUCAGUCCCCACACAACCCAGGGUCUUGGGCAAGCCCUGAAGUGGAACCACAUUCUCUGCAGUCUGUUUCGUUCUCUGUGUAUUUAUUUGCUUUGGCAGGUAUAUCCCAGGCUGGCUUCAAGUACACUCCCUAGGUGACAGUGAACUUCUGACCUCAGCACUUAAUAUGUGGCCUAGACUAGUCCUGAACUUGUGGCAAUUCCCAUGCCUUAACGUCCUAAGUACUGGAAUUAUAGGUGUAAGCUGCUAUACCUUGCAGUGACAAAAUUUUAAAUAUAUCAAUCUCAGCGCUCUUGAAUGAGAUCCUGUCUCAAGAAUUUUUUUUAAUAUUUUAUUUAAUGUAUAUGAGUACAUUGUAGCUGUCUUGAGAUACACCAGAAUCUGUUACAGAUGGUUGUGAGCCACCAUGUGGUUGCUGGGAAUUGAACUCAGGACCUCUGGAAGAGCAGUCAGUGCUCUUAACCACUGAGCCAUCUCUCCAGCCCCUCAAGAAUAUAUUUUUUUUUUUUGGUUCUUUUUUUCGGAGCUGGGGACCGAACCCAGGGCCUUGCGCUUCCUAGGCAAGCGCUCUACCACUGAGCUAAAUCCCCAACCCCAAGAAUAUUUUUAAAUAAAAUAUCAUUCUGCCUAGAAGUUACCUAUUGUAAUCUUCAUGGUUACAAUAUGGUUCUCUGAAUUUCCUGUUAAAUCAUUGUUCUAUCCAAAGGCUUGGCUAAUCCAGUUUGGAUGUUUUGUGGAGAAGGAGGUAACCCUACCAGUUCCUAGGUAUAAAGUGAAAACCAUGCUGGUAGGACCUUGAGCACUGCCAGCUACUGCACAACUCUUCCAACAAGUCUUCCUUUUGUUUGCUUGUUUUUUCUAGGCAAUGUCAUGAAACCCUUAUUGGUCUCAAACUGACUAUAUAGCUGAGGGGAACCUUGAACUCCUGAUUCUCCUGUCUCUACCUCUCCAGUGCUGGGAUCAUUGAAAUACCUUUCCCUACACCCUAAAGUUUAGUCUUACCCAAUUUUACAAGUUUGUCUUCAAAGUCUCUCUCUGAGUGAAGGUCUUUGCACAGUCCUGGCUCUCCUAGAACUCUUAGUCCAGGCUGGCCUCUCAGACACAGACUCACCUGCCUCUGUGCCACCCACUCCCACUCACCCUGUCCCCAAUUUUGGUAUUAAAGGCAUGCCCAACUACGCCCAACUUUAAAUCUCUCUGUAAUUUGUAAAUGUUUUUGGUUUGUUUUAUUAAUUUUUCUUUAGAUUUAUUUGUAUAAGUGUUUACCUGAAUGGAUCUUCCUGCCUCAGUUAAAUAAAUCAAGUUUACUCUGCACAGCCAUGCUCCCGGCAUAUUAGGUGAUUGUAGAUUGUUAAAAUGACAAUGCUAACUAUCACAGCUCCACCUCUUGCCCCUUAUAGGCUCAUGGCCACGUCAUAAUAUAUAGUAAAUGCCUUCCAACUGACUUACAGUGCCCGUUAUCUUUAACAAUUUCAUCUUUUCCCCCCUAAAGCUAGUUUAUUUAUUUAAUGUAUAUGAGUACACUGUAGCUGUCUUCAGACACACCAGAAGAGGGCAUGAGAUCCCAUUACAGAUGGUUGUGAGCCACCAUGUGGUUGCUGGGAAUUGAACUCAGGACCUCUGGAAGAGCAGUCAAUGCUCCUAAUUGCUGAGCCAUCUCUCCAGCCCCUUUUGUUUUUUUCAAGACAGGGUUUCUCUGUAUCUCUGGCUGUUCUGGAACUGACUCUGUAGACUAGGCUGGCCUGGAGAGAGCUAUGCAAGUGCUGGGGUUAACCAUGUGCCACUGCCCAGCCAAUUUCACCUUUUUUUUAAUUAAAAAAAUAUUACACUUAUUUACUUGUGUGUGUAUGUAUAUUUGUGUGCUGUGGUGCUUAUGGAAAGUCAGAGGACAGCUUGCUGGAGUGGGUUCUGGAGAUUGAACUCAGGCCGUCAGUCUUCACUUCAAUAUCUCCUUUACCCACAGAGCUACCUUGCUGGCCCAUCACCAGCUUUAAAAGUCCAAGGUCUUAACUGUGAGUCCUGUAGAAUCAAGCAAGCUACACCCUUCUGAUUUUUUUUUUUUUUUUUCGGAGCUGGGGACCGAACCCAGGGCCUUGUGCUUGCUAGGCAAGCGCUCUACCACUGAGCUAAAUCCCCACCACCACACUUCUGAUUUUCAAGGGUCCUGGGGGCCCAUGAGCUUUCAGAGUCACUUUUAAAAUGAACUCAGUCUUCACAAAAUGGGCCUCUGAGGGCUGAGCUUUUUUCCCUCAGGAUUCCUUUCCUGUUUGUGCUAGUGCAGAUAGGAGAGCUCUGUUCAGUGGUGCUGGGCUCUUAAAUUCCAGCUGCUUUCUCAGCACCAGCCUGAACACUCUCUUCUUGUUUUGAAGUUUCCUUCACCAAACAAAUUAGUCCAUCAGCUUUCCACCCUCUCAGGUUCUCAGAUGUAAAGAGAAGGGAGGCACAUUCUUGGCUAAGACAGUACAUUAAUGGCCUCUAGCCCAGUUCCUGACAGAAUCCUUGUUCCUUCUGGAACCUUAUAAGUUAUUCCCCACUAUCUCAAGUUUCCUCAGUAUUCAUGCAGUCUAAAUCCCCACAAGAAUGGCCAGUUAAGCUCUGUUUCCAGCACUCAAAAACUUUUUAAAUGUACUGUUCUAAAUUCUUCUACAUUUAGCCACAAAAUAGUUUCAGUGGCCUAAGAGCCAUAUAACCAAGUUUAUCAGUGUCCUUAGUCCUAGUACCAGUUUCUAACUUGGUUUCUUUUCUGGUUGCUUUAGCAGACAACUUGGUUCUAUUUCUAGCACCUACAUGACAAUAGCUGUCUGUGCAUUCUAGUUCUGAGAGACCCUCUUCUGAACUCCUCAGGUCAGGCAUGCAUGCAGUGCUUUUACAUACAUGUAGGCAAACCACUCAUAUACAUAAAAUAAAAAUGAAUAAAUCUAUUUAAAAAGAGUGCAUGCUGCUCUUGCAAGGGACCUACAUCAGGUGACUCCCAGCUGCCUAGAGCUUCAUCUCAGGGAUCCAGUACCAUUAAAUGGGUUCUCUGAGUGCAUGGGCACAGAAAUAAAUAACUAAAAGUCAGUUCUAGACCAGUCUGGGCUAUACAGUGAGACCCUGGCUCAAAACAAACAAACAAACAAAAAAUAAACUAACUAAAUAAAAUUACUAUAAAGUAAAAAAAAACAACUUAAGAGAGAAAAGGUUUAUUUUUACUUUGAAAGAUUUAUUUUAUGUGUGUCUUAGGUAGGUGGUUAUUGCUGUGGUAAAACACGAUGAUUAAAAGUAUCCUGGGGUAGCAAAGAGUUUAUUUGACUUACCCAUCCUGAGUCACAGAGUUCCAUUGAAGGAAGCCAAGGCAGGACUCAAACCAGGUGAGAACCUGGAGGCAGGAGCUGAUGCAGAGGCCGUGGAGGAACACUGCUUACCGGCUUGCUCCCCAUGGCUUGCCCAACAGUGGCACCAACGCACCCCACCCCCAAUCAGUAAUUGAGAAAAUGCCUUGCAGCCAAAAUUUCCUGCCUACAGCAUAGUCUUACAGAGGCUCCUUUCUCUCAUGUUACUCUAGCUUAUGUCAAGUUGACAUUAAACUGUCCAGCACAGUGUGAUGGGAGUUUUACCUGCAUAUAUGUCCGUGUACCACAGUAUACCUGGCAUCGAGGGGGCCAGAAGAUAUCAGAUUCUCUGAAAUUGGAGUCAGAAAAGGUUGUGAGCUGCUAUGUAGGUGCUGGGAAUUGGUCUUGUGGAAGAGCAGCCAUUGGCUCUACUGAGCCAUCUCUCCAGCCAAAGAAAGGGUUUAUUUGAGCUCACAGUUUGGAGUCCAGGAAUACAGUCCAUCAUGGUGGGGAAGUCAAGUUAGAGACUUGAAGCAACUGGUCCCAUUUUAUCCACAACUGGAAACAGAGGUAAUGCAAGCUGCUUUUAGCUCUUUUCUGUGUUCAUACAGACGAGUGGUGGUGGGGUCUUCCCUCCCUCAUGAGCAGUCUCUAGGUGUGUACAGUGUUUAGGUGCUCAGCACUUUGCCUGCUGUUUUUCUAGACUUUGUGAGUUCACUUGGGGGUGCUGGGCGUUGGUAAGCGAAUGCUUUGCUGCCGUGCAGCAUUCAUUUCUCACCUAGAUUAUAUCAUUUUUAUUAUUGGGUUUCAGAGUUUGUUGUACAUUCUUGGUAUAAAUCUCUCAGCACAUCUGCAGAUAUAGUCCUCAUCUUGUGGGUUUUAAAAACAUUUUUUAUGUUUGUUUUUUUCUAUGUAGGGUUUUUCUGUAGAGCUCUGACUGUCCUGGAAAUCACUCUUUAAUUAAGAUCAGGCUGGUCUCAAACUCAGAAAUUCUGCUUCUGCUUGAGGAGGCCUAGAAUUAAAGGCUAGCGCCAGCCACCACUACCUGGCCAGAUUGUUUUGAUUUUAGUCAGGGUCUCACUGUGUAGGCCAUGCAGGCCUCCAACUGAAGACAGACCUGCCUCACUUCCUGAGUGGGCACAGCACCAGGCCUGGGCCACACCCCAGCUGUGUCUUUGCUUUCUUGAUGAUGUCCUUUGACACUCAGAAGUUUUUCGUGGCAACUUUCUCUGCUAUCUCUGAAUUGUUGCCUCACUCUAAGGCAGAGAAGCCCUAGGACUAGGCAACAUGGAACUGGAGCCUCCAAAACCAGAAGUGGAAGAAAGUCUUUCCUCUUUAAAACACUGACUUUCCAUGUUACUGUUCUUUCCUUGGUCCUGUCCCUCCUCCCAUGCCUCCCUCCCUUUUUCCUUUCCUUCUUUCCUCCUUCCCUCCCUCUCUCAAGCUACCUAGCUUGCUUGCUCUUUCUAGCACUUGGGAGGUAGAUGCAGAAGGAGCCCAGCCUGGACUAUAUGGGACCUCAUCUCAAAACAAACAAACAAGUAAACAAAGCUAAAGAGUGGGACUGAGUAGUUAAGAGUGUUGGUUGUGGGGCUGGAGAGAUGGCUCAGUGGUUAAGGGCACUGACUGCUCUUCCCGAGGUCCUGAGUUCAAUUCCCAGCAACCACAUGGUGGCUCACAACCAUCUGUAAUGGGAUCCAAUGCCCUCUUCUGACAUGCAGGCAGUAACACUGCAGACAGAGUACUCAUAUACAUAAUAAAUCUUUUAAAACAACAAAACAAAACAAAAAACAAAGAGUUUUUGUUGCUCUUCAGAGCACUGGGGUUUCCCUUCCUCUUCCCGGUGACUCACAAAUGCCUGUAACUCCAGCUCUGGGGAUCUGACAUUCACUUCUGGCCUCCUAGGAAGGGGAGCCAUAGAGACAGACAGAAAGACAGGCACACACACACACAAACACACCACACCAUAUACACACACCACACACGCCAUAUUCCCCCUCCCCACACACCCCCAACACACAUCCACACACAUACAUACAUACACACACACACACACCACACACCACACACACACAUACCUCACGCACACACCUCAUACCCCCCCACGUACAUACACACCCUACACACACACAACACCCCCCCCACAUAUACACACACACAAACACACCACACACACCCCCACCACACACACCCCCACCACACACACACCACCUACACACACCCCUACACACCCCCCACAAACACACCACAUACACACACACAUACAUAGACACACACAACACACAUAUACAACACACACCACACAGACACACACACCACACAGACACACAAACACAAACACAACACACCACAUACACAUACCCACACCCCACACACCCUAUACACAAACACACCACACACACACACACACCACACCACAUAUACACAUACCACACACACACCGACACACACCCACAGACACACAUACAUACAUACAUACAACAUACACAUACAACACACACACACAAACAUACCACACCACACACACACACCACCCACACAUACACACCACACACACACACACACACACACACACACACACACACAC